AUGGAACAAGAACGAAUAAUUUCUAAACGAUCAUUAAUUCAUAUUAAGACUGCUAAAGUCGGUGAAAUGGAUAUAACUCAUGUAUCCUAUAAUCUUCGAUUUUGGUUACUUCUAUUUUUUGCUAUUUUCUCUUUUAUUUGUUCAAUUUUUAUUAUCUAUCGUUAUUUAUCUAAUCGAAAAAUGCGAAAUGGUUUACAUAAUCAUUGUAUAGUUUUAAUUAUUAUCAUAAAUGUAUUACUUAUCGUCACAGAUAUUAUUUGGACACUUGUUAGUUUACAUAAUACAGGACGUUCUCCAUCAGCUACAUCAAGUUUUUGUUUAAUUUGGUGGCUUUUUGAUGAUGCUCUAUAUAAUAGUCAAACUGCUAUACUUGCUUGGGCAUCAAUUGAACGUCAUAUUCUUAUAUUUCAUAGUAAACAUGUAACAACACAAAAACAAAAACUAAUUUAUCAUUAUCUACCACCUAUUCUUUUGAUUAUCUAUAUAUUUACUUUUCAUAUAAAUGUUCUUUUUUUUCAAUCAUGUGAAAAUUCAUUUAAUUUUAAUGAUCUUCAAUGCGGAUCACAGCCUUGUUAUUUAGGUAGAAAUUUUCUUACUAUAUGGGAUACAAUUGUUAAUAAUGCUAUGCCAACAGUAAUUAUUACUAUAUUUAAUUUUGCAUUACUUUAUCGUAUUAUUGCUCAAAAGAAAAGACUUCGACAACCAAUACAAUGGAAAAAACAUCGACGUAUGUCUAUGCAAUUAAUUUCACUUUCUGCUGUUUAUUGUUUUCUUGAUUUACCAAUGGUAAUAUUCUUAUUUAUACAAUUAAUUCAAGAUAAAGAUCCUGAUGUUAGCUUUAUCAGUCAACUUUAUCUAUUCAUUGUAACUUAUAGCAUUACACUUUUAUUACCAUUUGUUGUAUGUCUUAAUUCAUUAACAAUUGAUAGACAACGACAUAUAAGAAUAUCUGCAACAGUUACAUUGCCAUUAUAUAAAAAACCUUUUGGACAAAAAAUAGAAACGAUUGCAUAA